AUGGCAGUUCCUGCAUAUGCUAAUAUUCAUUGGGAUGGUAAUGUUAUAAAUAGUUGUAAUGGUUACGAUUAUGAUGGAGGUUUUUCAAAAAUUAUUCAAUUGGGUAAACGAAUAAGUUUUAAUCAAUUGGUCGGUAAAAUUGCUCGUGCAAUUGGAUUAUCCGAAAAUAAUGAAUUUAUAGAGACGAUUAGUUUUAGAAAGCCUACAGUUGUGGAUGGAUCCUUACAAUUUGAAUGUAUGGAGAUAUGGGGUGAAGAUGAUGUGUCUAAAAUAUAUGUUAAGAUACUUCGUUGUGUUGAUACUACAAAUGAGGAUGCUGAUAUUGGUCCAUCUGGAACUGCCGUUGAAUCAAAUGAUGAACCAUGUGAAGAGCAUAAUGUAGUUGAUGAUUAUGGUUUAUGUGAUAGUCUUGCAGGGCUGUCAUUUAAUUUAUCUAAUACAGUAGAGAAUGAGGACGAGGACGAGUACGAGGACGAGGAUGAGGAUGAGGACGACGAUGAUUCAUGGAUGUCUACUGAGGAUGAUGAUGAUGAUAAUGGACAGGAGGAUAUUGGGAGUGAGUCUCGAUAUUACAACACACAAUUUCCUAAUCCUAUUGUGCCUGUUGUUCAUCCUCCGCCAUAUACAGAAAUAGACUUCGAUUUGCUGAGGGUGGAUCCUUAUGAUAAGCCAGAAGGUCGUUACUUUUGGGAUCCUUCUAAAGAGUUUUCAGUUGGGAUGAUAUUUUCUUCGAGAGAUGCAGUGGUUGCUGCUGCAAAAGAAUAUCAUCUAAGACAUCACCAUCAAUUCUAUUAUCAUGAAAUAAGGGAGAAGACAUAUUCUAUAAAGUGCAAAGACAAAGACAGUGGAUGUGCAUGGAGGCUUCGAGCAUCCAAGAAAGAAGGGGAGGAUGUAUGGAAAAUUACGAGAUACAAUGGACCGCACACGUGUACAAAUCCUCAGGUAACAAAAAACCAUAGCCAAUUGGAUGAGAAUUUCAUUUGUUCAUUUAUAUUUGCAUUAAUUGAACAACAGCCCGAUAUAAAAAUUGCUGCCCUACAAGCUGAAGUGCGGGAUAAAUUUGGGUACGAGCCGUCUUAUCAGAAAACAUGGAAAGCUAAGCAGAAGGCAAUUGCACAGCUUUAUGGGGAUUGGGAUGAAUUAUACAGUCGUUUGCGUAGAUUCAUGACUGCUCUUCAUCAUUUUAACCCAGAAACAGUAUACAUGAUCGAAGAUAAUCCACAUUGGAUAAAUGAGCGAUUAAAUCCGAUGUGUCGUGUGUUUGACCGUAUGUUCUGGGCUUUUAAGCAAUCGAUUGAGGGAUUUAAACAUUGCCGACCUGUUAUCUCAAUCGAUGGGACAUUCUUGUACGGAAAAUAUACCGGGUGUAUAUUGUGUGCAACCGCACUUGAUGGAAAUAAUCAACUAUUUCCAUUAGCUUUUGCCAUUGUUGAUAAGGAGGACGGUGACAAUUGGUCAUGGUUUAUGGAUUGCUUAAGGAUCUUCGUGACCAAUCGAGAAGAUUUAUGUGUAAUUUCAGAUCGCCAUGCUGGAAUUCUGAAGGCGAUGUAG